ACAACCGGAAGCUUGAGAUUCUUGAUUUAUAGAAGUUCCCUGUCGGCAGCAUUCACUUUUGCUUCAUCUCAACAGGAAGCAGCACAAGCCAGGAUGUCCAGAGAUGAAUGCAAUGGUCAAACUCUGUAUGAUAGUUAUGCAACCUGCCUUGCUAGAGCUCUGUGCUAUGUCCCCACUCCGAUGACAGUUGGGUUAUAUGCACCGUGGGGAUCGGGAAUCAACUGUCUUCUGCAAAAUAUAGAAAAACAAAUAAAAAUAGAAGCACUUGACAGAGAGAAGAAGGAAUUAAAGAGACUCCAGGAGAAGCCUCGGGUAGCCACUGGCUUUGGAUUUAUUUUGCUUUUAUGGUAUUUGGUUUUUCUCAAGCCGCAAAUAACAGAACAGCAUGAAAAGCGGAAAAAUGUCCGGUUCAUAUUCAUUCAGUUCAGUGCAUGGCAGUUUGCAGGAAGUGACAAGUUGUGGGCUGGGCUCAUUACCACACUCUGUGAUGACAUUAAGAACCAGUUUGGAUGCAUCCCAACUAGCAUUGUUAGGGCCCUUGGUCACCAAGACACUGUUCAAAGAACAAAUUCCAACAGUGAAUGGGUGUCCAAAACGAUUCUGGGAAUUCCAGUAUGGCUUAUUUUCACUUCACUACUUUUUCUAGCCAUUGUACUAGCAUGCAUUGUCUCAGUUUAUGGCUUCACCCUCAGUGAGAUGGGAAAUAAUUAUGUUGCAGCAGCUGAAGGUGUUGGUUUUGGCUUAAUUGGAAUUUCUGCACUCAUGACAAUAAAAAACUCAAUCAUGGUAGGCAAGAAUAUGGUUGUCAGUCAGAAGGAAAAAAUGAAGACCCUGAUGAAUAAAUCAGACUUCAGCAGUCAGCUAGGAUUCAUGAAUGAUGUGAAGCAAGAAGUUAAAGUCCUUACCAACUUCAUCCACUACAUGGCGGUCUUUGAACGAAGAAAAAUUCGAAUAGUACUGAAAAUCAUGAGCCUUGACAGGUGCACUCCAGAUAAAAUUGUUGGUGUCCUGGAUGCUAUGAAUAUUCUUCUUUCAGAUCCAGAUGCCCCUUUUAUUUCAAUACUUGCUGUUGAUCCUAGCAUCAUUGUAGCCUGUGUUGAGAAAUCUAAUAGCCUGAAAGGCAUUGCAGAAAAUGGCUAUGAGUUCCUGAACAGGAUUGUGUCACUACCGUUUUCUGUCCCUCAAAUGGACACUCAGACCAAGCUCAAAUAUCUUCAGCGGAUAGUGGAUGGCAAGAAUUUCCUCAUGGAAGAAAACCCACCACCUAAACAAGACUUUGGACGAGUGAACAGAUUCCAGAAACAUUUUCCUGAAAGCAGCCCGUUGAUUACUGUUUCCACUGAAAGCAACCAACCUUCCAUGCAAAGAAAUGGGAAGCUGACUCCGGGUUAUUAUAUUCAACAGGCUUAUCAGUGUUUAACGGACAUGGAUGGCGAUCUCCAUGAGUAUGUUGAGGAGAACUUUCUGCUAAUGAGGAGGAUAGUAAACAUAAUCUCAGUCAUGAUUGGCCUCAUGAUGGAGAGGAAUUUCCAAAUGAGUUCCUUCCCUCCUCAGAAAAUUGUUGCAUGGGUCAUUUUAGCAAGCAACUGGCCAUGUCGUCUUAGUUGGAUCUGGCAAUGUUGGGAGGAUGCUGAGCAAAGGAGUGAGUUAAAUGAAGAAAAAGAGAUUGAUGACAAAAUGCUUCUGUGGACCAUUUACGAAAACUCCUCAGAGAAGUUUAACACAAUAAAAUCCUCUAUCGAAAAAUUGCUGGAACUGGAUGGAGAUCCUGAAAUCUUUCAGAAGUUUCUGUCAAUCAGUUACAAAUUUACCGUUAAAGAGGGACAAUCCAUUAUUCCAUUUACAAUUAAUCUAGAUCAAUCUUUAAAAAGAAAGAUGGAAGUGCUUCUUGCAAGAAAAUUAUGAGCAAUCAGAAUGAGAAUUGUAUUCUCAACUCCUGCCAAUGAGAGUUCAUACAUUGAGAGAGACAUGUUAGAAACUCAAGACUUAAUUUCUCUACCAGGAAUAACACAAGUAUACCCCCUAACUGUUGAGUCAUACUGACAUGAACAUACAAUAGCAAUCACAAGGAUCAAAGGCUGGCAGGAACAGAUAGAUAUUUCCAAUGAACUGAUCAUACAUUGUGGGAAGGCUUGAAUCAUUGCACCACCAACAGGAAUGCUUCUACUUUGUUACUUUACUCCAGAAGAACAAACAUUGGAUAGUAAUUUGUUUAUUGCUAGUUUUGGAGGUUCAAUCAAAAUUCUCACUUGGAUGAUGAGUGAUUGGCUAGCUUGCCUAAAAUCAUGCUUCUACCUUCAUAGAAUCUUAUAGCACCGAAGCAGUCUACCUGACUCACUCCGCCUCUUUGAAAGAGCUAUGCCAUUAGUUUCACCCCCUGCUCUCUGCCCAUUGCUAUAUUUUUUUUAUUCCUUUUUCAACUAUCUAGCUCUCCUUUAAGAGUCAAAAUUGAAUUUACUUCAGCCACUCUUUCAGGCAGCUUUUUUUUAGAUUGUAAUAAGUUGCUGCAAAGUAGUCUGUCAUUCUCCCUCUAGCUCCUUGGCCAAUUACCAAAUCCUUGGUCCUUUGAUUAGCAGCCUUCCUUUCAUAAUAUAUCAACUGGAAUGGGGAGGGAGCACUGCACUGUCAAGGUGCUAUCUUCCAAAUGAGACACUAAACUGAGGCCCUGUUUACUCUCUCAGGUGGAUACAAAAGAACCUGGGCCAUUCUGAAGCUCUGUUGGUGAUUCAUUUCCAGUGGUCUCAUCCUCAGUCAUUAGAACAUAAAUUCAUCAGGAAAGAGGAGCAGGAGUAGGCCACUUCCUCCCUCAAGCCUGCUUCACCAAUUAACGUGAUCAUGGCUGAUCUGCCUUUGGACUCCUCUUCUGUGUCAGUUCCCUGUUGCUCUCAAUUCCCCAAUUUAAAAAAAUUAUCUACUUACUCUUUAAAUAACCCCCAUGUAUCUAGUCUCCACAACCCUCCAGCAUGGAGAGUUCCAGAAUUUCAUCAAAGUGAGCAGUUCCCAUGCACCUCUGUUAAAUAACCUGUAACUAUGUCCCCUCGUUCGAUAUCUUCCCACCAGUGGAAGUAUCUCGACAUGUACCCUAUCAACCUUUAACAGAUUUGAUCAUUAUGACCUGGCUGUUUGUGGGUUUUGCCUCUGCACAAUGUAGCCGCCAUGUUUCCCACAUUACAAUAGUGACUAUAUGUCAAAAGCACCUCACUGGCUCUAACUCACCCUGGAAUGCCCUGCAAGGUGUUCUAGAAGUACAACAGCAUAGCAGCUACUACAUGCACAUUUUGCACAAUGGCUGUGCAUUAAGGCAUUGGAAGUUGUGGUCCUUCUCUGAAUUCAAACAUGUCAAUGCCUCAACACAAUGUGACUGCAGUCAGUGGAACCCAUCGCCAUCAGCAAGUCUGCAGUCCAGGGGAAUCUGCAUGCCCCACUAUCCUGGAGUACAAAUCUGCUGUGACCAACUUAACAUAGCAAUAUGCUGCAAACUGUGAGAUGUUGCAGACCUUUUCUGCACCCGCCUGGAAACUGCCUUGUGUGGGAACUGAUGAGCACCAUGACCUAAGUGCCACUGGCUUUGCAGUUCUGACCUUGCUGAGCUGUUGCAGAUGUGGCUGAAGCAAUUGCCAUAUCUGGUACCUUCUGAGUCACCUCUGGUUUUGCUCUUUGCUGAGGUGCACCGGGGGGAAUUGUUCCUUGAAACCCCUUCUAGGUUAGAGCCUCCUGCUGAGAGCCCUUCUCUCAGCCUCCUCCACAUUCUUCUAGCAGAUUGACAUGCUCUGCACCCUGCCAUAUCAUAGUGAGUACCCAGCAGAAUGGCACCUAAUGCACCCAUGCCUGGAAGCAGCAGGAUUUGGAUAAAGCCUUGGAGUUGAGACACAAUUCUUUAUUCUGCCACAUCACUCACUGGGUGCUCAGAAACAGUGACAAUGCUUGUAAAUGGUAACUGGUAUUUCUCUGCAAUAAUUAGCAAUGACCAAAAGGAACUGAUGCAUAAAGUACAGUGUGAUGGUAUAUGAUGGGACCUUACUGAAGAUAAUUGCUGGGUCCGUGCAAACUGAGCACAAGACAUGAGCUGAAUUGUUGGCCUCCAAUUCAAUAGCGCCGAUGUCAAACCAAUAUUGUACAGUGACAGAUAUCACAAUCUGUCUCCUCUGCAUCCUCUGGUAUGCAGAUUCAUCACACGUGCUACAAUAAUAUGGCAGGUGGACCUAACGCCGGUACCAAAAUACACGUGCUUAUUACAGGCUAAAUUUCAAUCAAGUUAGCACCCACAACCCCAAAAUAAUGGACUGCAGGUUGCUGAAUUUCAUCAUUUCUAUAUUUUUAUACAAAUGUCAUCCAAGAAAUAGAUUUCAAAUCCCAUUCUUGUUACUUUGCCAUCUCCGUACUAGGAAGUUGUAAACAUAAAGGCAAUAGGAAAAUAAGAGACUGGUUCAAAUGUGAUACUUGCUACAAGAAGUAUUUAAGGAAAAGCUGGGUAAAUGGCUGAGGAGGAAAAAGACAAAGAUAUGUUAUAGGGUGGGUAAAGUAAGGUGUAUGAAUGCUAGCAUUGACCCAUGGGUUGUAUGUCCUAUUUCUGUGCUUUUUAGGUAACUUUGCCCAACACUUUUAAUUUUAUAAUCAAUCAUUGCUAAGAUGAACAGCUAUCUGAUGCUGUGUUAUUGUAAAUCAGAAACUGCUUGUAGUCAUGGUGACAACUUUAUUAUUCUUUUAUGCAAGACAAAUAAAAGGUAUAACCUGCAUUCAUGUGAUGCCUUUCAUGCUAUAUUCAGAACAUCAUAAAGUACUUUACAACCCAACAAAAUAAUACUGAAAUGCAAUCACCGUUAUAACAGAAAUGCAACAGCCAAUUUAUUCACAGCUCGCUCCCCUGCAAUGUGGGAUGCUAAUAACCAGAUAAUUUGUCUUUUGUUACAAAUGUUAGUUGCUGUUCAAGCUGAAUGAAAUGGGGUUCUAUGUUGCGAUAUGAUGCAAUGUAUUAUAUGUAAAAUGAAAAUCCAGUAUAAGAAGUUGGCAUGAUCUUCAGCAGAUUCUAUCACAUGUAAUGCAGAAUCUUAUAGAUUUCACCAUUUAUUUUAACAUUUUUUACUUUUUGUACUGCAGUGAUUUUAUAACUAUAAUAAAACAUAUAUGCUUUG